AUGACGCUGUACAUUAUACUAAUUCGCUGUAACGAUUAUGUUAUGUUGUCUGUCUCCUACUCAAGCAGAACGGAUGAGCUGCAUGUUUCCUGGGCUGACUUUUCUGAUCCUGAGAGCGGCAUUGGUCAUUACGAGAUCGCCGUGUUCUCAGGGACAGCCUGUACAGAGGACUCUGAUGAACGGUUCCAAGAAACGGAGUUUGUACCUGUUAUUUUCAAUGACACAAAAUACACGAUGACAGACAUCACGCUUGAGCCCGGUAUUCCGUGCUUUGUGAGGCUGCGCACCUUCAACAAGGCAGGUCUGUCAAUCAUAACGGAGUCCCCACCCGUCCUGCUGGAUCUGGAGGAUCCGAUUGGUGGAACGGUUAAAGAUGGGCGGGACUUCAGCAGUGACGUCACUCAUCAAAGUUCAACAACCACCAUGGAAGGAACGUUCAUCUACCUGCCCACCCAUGAUGGUGAUAAGUGUCCUUCCCGUCAGUACCUCAUGGAGAGCGAGGAAGCUGGAUGGAGUUCUGUCUCCUCAGACUCUGUUUAUGGUCUACUUAGUGACCACAGGAUAUUGUUCACUCCAGAUGAGGUGACAUUUGGUGAAGACGGCUUGUCCAUCACCAUGUCUAGAGACAUACAACAGACACGGAUGUACUCAGGUGCGUACUCCACCCGGGCAGACAUGCAGGGAGGCGGCUCCUACAGGUUCGACAUGAUCGCUGCGAGCGGCGACAUCAAAGCCGUCACCAGUGUUGUGUUCUGGGACGGCCCGGCAGGUGUGGUGGGAGACUUGGAGGCGCCAGUAGAGCAGUGGGCUCGGGAAGAAGCUGGACCUGAAGAUUGUACAUGUUGUCUUAGAAACAACACAGGAAGGUCAGCAAAUAACACAGGACUAACAAACUCAACCACAGCUCCUGAUGGACAAGAUGGAUGCCUGUGCAACUGCGCUGAAUAUCAACUCGACAGUUCAGCCACUCCUGUGUCUGCACACUCAAUGACUACAACGGAAUACGAGUCGGUUGUUGAAGAUAACGUACCUUCUGGUGGCCACACUGAUACAAAAGUGCCAUAUAGAGGAUGUGGAUUUCAAAUUCACCCACAUGUUGUGACUAGAGAUUUGGAGGGGAAUUAUGCCUUGUUGUGGUGCCGAUUUGAGAACGAUACAGUUGAGCCAGUUGAAGAGAUGAUCACUCUAGACUUCGACCCAACAGUCGGAUGGCACACUUAUGAGUUGAAGAUUACUAUAGAGAGGACAUUUGCUGUGGGGGAGGAUUGGAACCUGGAACUAAUAAUAGAUGGCAGAUCUCAGGCCAUCAUGAGCGGCAUCCCAGUUUUCAGUGACCAAGCCCGGCUCACCCUGGCCGUCUGGAACCGGGACGACUUCGUACCUGACGUGCAAGACGUAUUCAGUAGUCCUGAAGCUACGGCGUUUUUCAGACACCUGAGGUUACCACCGAGCGCAGACAACCUGUGCCGCUAUGGAGACCCAUUCCGUCCCGGGGACAACAGUGUCUCCGUGUUCUACGCAGGGGUGGGGACCGAGAAGCUGAAGGAUGAUGUCGCUCCUUUUCGUGAAGUCAGUCAGAUCUAAAAUUGUUUUGAAAUUCCAUUCUGUACGUCAUAACACGCUUAAAUUAGAAUUAGAAAGCGCGUUCAUUUUAGUAAUGAC